AUGCCUCCCUCAGAAUCUGAUCUCGAGCACCCGGCCUUUGCCCGCAUACCGCCAUGGGUCCAACAGAAGCUCUCCGCGAAAGCAGUAGAGACGAUCAAGAAGGUCCACCAUUGGAUGGAAACAGAAGUCAUACCCGCUGAGCCCAUCCUCAAAGCACAGAUCUCGCAACCAGAGAAGAGAUGGAAGACACCGCCGAUCAUGAAGGAGCUGAGGGAGAAGGCGAAGAAGGAGGGCUUGUUCAACCUGUUUUUGCCCAAGAGCUUUGGAGAUCUGAGCCCGGGCUUGACGAAUCUGGAGUACAGCUGUUGUGCGGAGAUAAUGGGCAAGGUGUAUUGGGGCGCUAUGACGAUGAACUGCCACGCCCCGGACACUGGCAACAUGGAGCUCAUGGCCAAGUACUGCAACGAGGAACAAAAAGAGAAAUGGCUCAUGCCGGUCCUCAGAGGCGAGAAGUUCUCCGCCUACAGCAUGACAGAGCCCGACAGAGCAACCUCAGACGCCACCAACAUCAACUGCAGAAUCACCCGCGACCCCAAAGACCCCAACUGGCUCGUCAUCAACGGCCGCAAGUUCUACGGCAACUGCAUCUGGGGCGAAGAUCUCGGCUUCUACAUCCUCAUGGCCUGCUCUGACCCCGAGAACCCGAAUCCGUGGAAGCGACAUACCACCGUCAUCGUCCCAAAGGACACUCCAGGUCUGAAGAUGGUGCGCAAUCUGACGGUAAUGGGUUACGACUGGGCCCCAGAAGGCCACGGCGAAUACCUCUACACCAACGCCCGCAUCCCUGCCGAAAACAUCAUUCUCGGCGAAGGCCGCGCCUUCGAAAUCGCACAAGGGCGCCUUGGACCAGGCCGAAUACACCACUGCAUGCGUCUCCUCGGCCAAACCGAGCGCGCCUACGAACUCGCCCUCAUCCGCGCCACCGACCAGCGCAAGAAGCCGCGAGGCAAGCUGAUCGGCGAGUUCGACUCCAACAUAGAACGUCUAGCCUCCAUGCGUCUGCAACUCGACUCAAUGCGUCUCGUUGUCAUGAACGCCGCAGAUACUAUGGACCUCAAAGGCAACAAAGCCGGCCGCUACGCUAUCGCGCAGUCGAAGAUCCUGGUCCCGCAGGCCUGCGCGGAUAUCAUUGACGAGUGCAUGCAGAUGCAUGGUGGAGCUGGGGUGACGCAGCUGUAUCCGCUGCCGGAGAUGUGGACGUAUGCGCGGUUUGUGCGGUUGGCGGAUGGGCCGGAUGCGGCGCAUAGACAUCAGGUCGGUAGGGAUGAGUUGAAGAAGGCGGGGAAGGUUAAGGAGCAGCAUGAUGCUUAUCAGAGGAGAUACAAAGAGCUGUGUCAGAAGUGGGGUGUGGAUGAGGAGACGUUUUUGUAG